AUGGGGAUCAACAUUGUGCCUUGGUCUAAGGCUUGGAAACUGUGUUCACAAAGUGUAGAACCUUCUGAUACAGAAAACAAUUCUAAUUUUAGUGUGGUGAUUAAUAAUUACCAGCAUAUCCUGGCCAUGGCAUUUGCUAUAAAGGAGAUCAAUGAAAAUUCCAAAAUCUUACCAAAUUUCACCUUGGGCUUCUGGAUAUAUGACAGCUAUUUUGAUGCACAGAGGACUUAUCAUACCACACUACUUCUCACAUCUUCUAUGGAGAGCUUUGUCCCCAACUACAUAUGUGAUCCUCAGAACAACUUGAUAGCAGUCAUUGGGGGACUGGAUCCAGAAACCUCCCUUCAUAUAGCAACCAUCUUGGAUAUCUACAACAUUCCACAGAUUAUUUAUGGCUCUGCUCCAGUAAUGCAAGGGAAAACCCCAGGGUUUUUCUUCUUCCAGAUGGUCCCAAGAGAAGCCCUUCAACAUGAAGGGAUACUUUCUUUGCUUUUGCAUUUCAAGUGGACAUGGGUUGGACUCCUUGUUAUGGAGACUGACAAUGGAGAAAAAAUUGUGGAAACUAUGCUUCCAUUAUUUUCCCAGAAUCAUAUCUGUUUUACAGACAUAGAGAGAAUCCCUGUACGGCAUUUACAGAAAGAAACUGAAGACUGGCUCCUACAAAUUGCAAAAAUAUAUGACAAAGUGAUGGCAAGCACAGCUAAUGUGUGGGUGGUAUAUGGAGAAUCUUUCACCAUGGCAUUUUGGAGAUGGUUACAGUAUAUACCAGAAGUUAUGUAUGUGAUGCAGAAACCAAAAGGUAUAGUGUGGAUAAUGACAUCCCAGAUGCCUCUUGCUUCAUUUUCCUAUCAAAGAACAUGGGAUACAGAAAUGAUCAACGGUGUGCUGUCUUUCACAGUUCACUCCAGUCUAGUACCGGGAUUUCAUCAAUUCGUUGAAAGCCAAAACCCUUUGGGCCCCAAAGAGAAUAGUUUCAUCAAGGACUUCUGGCAACAUGCAUUCAGUUGUGUAUUCCUGACACAAGUCCAGAAUAAUGGGAAAGGAGAUACUUGCACUGGGGAAGAGAAGCUAGAAAGCCUUCCUGGGACUCUUUGGGAAAUGAGCAUGACUGGCCACAGCUAUAGCAUCUAUAAUGCUGUCUAUGCUGUGGCCUAUGCAUUGCAUGCCAUGUCUCCAUCAAGAUUUAAGCAUAAAAUAAUGGCAGAUGGAGGCAGACAGAAGUCUCCUUAUCAACUGCUCUGGAAGUCUUACCCUUUUCUGAGAGGUGUAACAUUUAAUAAUAGUGCUGGGGAGAAGGUUUCCUUCAAUAAGAAUGGUGAACUGGCAGCUGGAUUUGAUCUGUUCAACUGGAUCGUUUCCUCAAACCAAUCUAUUUCUAGAGUCAAAGUUGGGGAGAUGACUCCCAAGAGUCCUCCAUCAAAAGGAUUCACCAUCCAUGAGCACAUCAUAACAUGGCACCGCUGUUUUAACCAGGCCCAACCACUUUCUGUAUGUUCUGAGGAGUGUCUUCCUGGUUCAAGCAAGAAAGUAAUGGAAGGGAGGCCAUUUUGCUGCUAUGAUUGCAAGCCAUGUCCAGGAGGAAAGAUUUCAGACCAAAAGGACAUGAAUGACUGUUUUACAUGUUUAGAUGAGGACUAUCCAAACAAACAGAAGGAUUUAUGUAUUCCUAAGCGUACCAAUUUCUUAUCUUAUGAAGAACCUCUUGGGAGCCUUUUAGCCUUCUUUGCUCUUUCCUUUUCUUUGAUCACAGCUUUGGUGCUGGGAACAUUUAUGAAGCAUCACAACACUCCCAUAGUCAAAGCCAACAACCAGAACCUCACCUACACUCUCCUCAUCUCCCUCCUGCUCUGCUUCCUUUGUUCAUUGCUAUUCAUUGGCCAGCCUCAGAAGCUGACAUGUCUCCUCCGACAAACUGCUUUUGGCAUCAACUUCUCUGUGGCUGUUUCUUGUGUGCUGGCAAAAACCAUUACGGUGGUCUUGGCUUUCAUGGCCACUAAACCAGGAUCCAGGAUGAAGAAGUGGGUAGGAAGAAGAAUACCCAACUCUAUUGUGAUUUCCUGCUCCCUGAUUCAAGUAGUCAUCUGUACUCUGUGGUUGUCAUCCUUCCCCCCAUUCCCAGAUGCUGACAAGCACUCAGUGGUUGAAGAAAUUGUACUGGAGUGCAAUGAAGGAUCUGUCGCUAUGUUUUGCUGUGCUUUGAGCUAUCUGGGCCUCCUGGCCCUUGUCAGUUUCACUGUGGCUUUCUUUGCAAGGAAGCUACCAGACAGUUUUAAUGAAGCAAAAUGUAUCACUUUCAGCAUGCUGGUCUUUUGUAGUGUUUGGUUGUCCUUUAUUCCAGCUUACUGGAGCACUACAGGCAAGUACAUGAUAGCUGUGGAAGUAUUUUCUAUUUUAGCCUCAAGUGCUGGUUUGCUCAGUUGCAUCUUCUUCCCAAAAUGUUACAUUAUUUUGUUGUGGCCAGAGCUGAACAAGAGGGAACAACUAACAAGGAGAAAGAACUGA